GGCUAAAUCAAAUAAAUUUAAUACAAGAUCUACUACGUAGCAUUAGGGUGUUGUCGGCCCAGGUCUAAGAAAAUAGAGAAGAGAGAACGGAAUACGGCUCCUGCUCUGGCGCUCUGCACUGCAGGACUGCAAGGUCUCAAGGAGUUCAAGCGAGUGAGCGACAAGGAUCAAAGCCUCGAUCGCCGCCAACGCGCCACGCCUCCAGGAGUCCAGGUUCCACGCGGCUGACGCCUAUGGAUGUGAUAGAUACAACCGUCAGAGGGAAGAGAAAGAAGAAAUCGUUAAAGAAUAAGAAAAAGGAGAACUGUGAAUUAGCUGAAACGGAAAAUGUUGCUGUUCCCAAACCUAGUGAGGCAGAAGGCGGACUUCGCUUGGAGGAGGACAGCAUUGCAACUGAUAUUGGGGUAAACCAAAAGGUAAAAUCAAGCAGGGAGAGAACAAAGUGUGGACAAAAUGCUGCAGCAGACAGUAAUGCAGAUGAAGUUGAGGAAAGCCAUAAGAGAAAAGCAAAGAAGAAGAAGAGAAAAAUGGAGAAAGGAACUAAUGUAGCCAGUGAUGCAAAUGAAGUUGAUGAAAGCCAUAAGAGAAAACCAAAGAAGAAGAGAAAAAUGGCGAAAGGAACUGAUGUAGCCAGUGAUGCAAAUGAAGCUGAGGAAAUUCAGAAUGGACAAUCAAGAAAAAGAAAAAGUAAGAAGAAAACAAGGAAAAUUGGAGUUGCCAGAUCCUAUAUUGAUGCUGAAAACAAGUCUCAGCAAAAUGAUGGCAAGGCAAACAAACACAAGGACCAGCCAUCUAAGGCAGAUAGCUUUCUGGGAAAAAGUAGACAAGCUGAAGAUGUUUAUGAAUUAUCAUCUGGAGAUGAAAGUUGUAAAGGAGUGCGAAAAUGGGUUACAGAAUAUUAUCAGAGCAGACCAGGAUUGCAUGUGUUGCAAGAAAAAAUUGACGACUACAUAGUUGCUUAUGAAGCAGAGAAGGAACAGGAGAAGAAGGUAAAAGAAGCCCUUAUUGCAGAAGAUGGAUGGACAGUUGUGUCACAUCACAAGGGACGAAAGAAGACAGUAGAUUCUGAAUCUGGAGUUGCCGUAGGUUCUGUUUCCCAGGCUGCUGUAUUAGAAAGUCUGGCCAAAAAGAAACCAAGUGAGACAGGUCUGAAUUUGUACCAAUUUCAGAGGAGGGAAGCCAAGAGAAAUGAGAUAAUGGAGCUUCAGAGCAAGUUUGAGCAGGAUAAAAAGCGUGCCCAGCAAUUGAGAGUUGCAAGGAAGUUCAGACCUCUAUAAUGAAUUUUUUGAUUUUUUCUAUCUUUUGUUGGUGUUCUCAGAAUGACUAUUGGUAUAUGCCUAUAUCAGUUAACAUUUUUCAUGCUUUUUCUACUGGUGUCUGAUACAGUCUAAAAGCACUUUCUAAAUGCUUGCUUGCUCUCCCACACGCCGCCACCAUUCAGAAAGAGGCCAUCAACAAUGUUCUAUUCUCUGCUAACAAAGUGCCUUUUAAGUUUAUAUGUAUCUAAUUUAAACACAAUAAAAAAUGAGUUUAUAUUGCAUUGUUUCUUCUGCA